UACAGAGAACAAACGAGCAAUCUGUAAUGAGCCACCAUCCUUAUGUCCUAUGAAUAGGCAUGUACUUUUUUAGGCGAGAACGCUGUCGUAUCUGAGGCAUUCAAAAAUCAUCCUCCUUAACCCUCAUCGCGACCAAUCAACCAGAAGAAUGGCUGCUACGUCAUAAUGGAGUUAAAUGACGCAUUCAAAUGAUUGUGCACGACACAUAAAAGCAGAGCAAAUACAUUAGUGUACACAAUUUCUCUGGACAAGCUCACAACAGCUCAAGCUCGGUCGAAUGCUUCUACAGACGCCGCACAGUUGAUAGAAGUUGAGUAUAGGGAAGAAGAUUACGAUGGUUUUCAAUUUAGCUAAAAUUGCUCUAAUCUUCUUCACUGGUGUUUUUAAUAUAUCAGGACGAACUAUCCUGUCGACACAAACAAAUCGCGAUGAAGUCAGCAAGAUGCAGCUCAAUAGCUUGACAGAGCAAAUGGAAACUGGCGAUGGUAGGAUUCCAGUUCGAAAAAGGAGGAACGUGAGGCAAAGACGAGAAUUCCUUUGGAGAACAGGAAUAGUGCCAUACGAAAUAUCAUAUCGUUUAAGAGAUGAAGCACAUCUUAUUCGUGACGCGAUUGAGGAGAUAGAGAGUAAAUCCUGUUUAGAAUUUGUAAAAAGGAAAUCCAGCGAUGAAAAUUGGAUUAGAUUUGAGAUGGGAGAAGGAUGCUCUUCAAGUGUUGGUAAAUCAUAUUGGAGGAUGGGUGCACAAACAAUAAUUUUAGAUAUGCCAUGUUUAGAAAAGGGGACCAUUCUUCACGAAAUUAUGCAUGCACUUGGUUUCUGGCAUGAACACUCGAGGCCUGAUAGAGACAAAUACAUAGAAAUUUUUUGGGAAAAUAUAGACCCAGUUAAUGAAAUUAACUUUGAAAAAUUUGAUAAUCACGAAGUCGACACACUAGGGAUACAGUACGAUUUAAAGAGCAUUAUGCAUUAUGGGAAUGAUGCCUUCUCUAAGAAUUACAAGCACACUUUAAAGGCAAUUGAAGAUCAGUCGAUAAGCCUGGGCAACACGAAAGGCCUCAGUGAUUUGGAUGUGGUUAAAUUAAAUGCUCUGUAUGACUGUGCAAAACUGACAAAAGGAAAGAAAAAAAUGAACUACAUGAGCAACUGGUCGCAAUGGUCUUCUUGUGAUGGUGGAUGUCGUAAAAAGCGUCAAAGAUUUUGUAAAUCAACAAACCUUAGCAAAUGCAAACGGGCCAACAAGCAUGGAGUGGAGACAGAGAUGAAUCUUUGCACAAUAGCAGAAUGUUUGGCACCAAUUGAUGGUCACUGGGGGCGAUGGUCAUCCUGGUCAUCUUGUUCUUCUACGUGUGGACGUGGUGUGAGAACGAGGAGACGACGCUGUACUGAUCCAGCCCCGAAAUUUGGCGGUAAAGAUUGCCAAGGACCAAUUGAAGACUUGGCCUUGUGUAAAAGGCAUACCAGAUGUGACCUUGGUCCAUAUGACUGCGACUUUGAAAAUGGUAUUUGUAGCUGGAUUAAUGAGUCAGGUAGCUACUAUUUUCAAUGGCAGCGACGAGUGGGCGAAACUCCAUCAAGGAGCACUGGGCCAAGUGGCGAUCAUACAUCUGGGAAAGGCCACUAUCUUUACACCGAGGCAUCGUAUCCUGCAAGAAGGGGCAUGAAGGCACGAUUCAUAAGCCCUACAAUCUAUCCAGAACCUGGCAAUGACAAGAGGUGCUUAACAGUUUGGUACAAUCUGCAUGGAGCGACUAUUGGGACAUUACGCUUGUUAAAGAAAGAUAACUCUGUAAGAGGCGAAAAAACUCUUUGGCAAAUAAAGGGGAACCGGGGUGACAAGUGGAAGCAAUUGAAAUUGACAGUAGGAAACGAAAGGCCUUUUAAGAUGAUAUUGGAAGCAACUCAUCCAGGGAGCUAUUUGAGUGACAUUGCUAUUGACGAUAUCAAGAUUGCAAACGGGGCAUGCCAAAAAGCCACUGUCUGCACCAAAAUAGAGCCUCUUGGUCUUGCUAAAGGUCUCAUUGAAGAUGACAAGCUGCUGGCAACGACCAUGAAGGAUGUUGCUCAUAGCCCAGCCUACGCAAGACUGAAAAACGACAGUGCAUGGUGUGCGGGCAGGAACUCCUUACCUAUACGAACUUACCUUCGGGUUGACCUUGGCCGUGAAAUGAACGUUGUUUCUAUUGCAACCCAAGGCUUCAAAAAUUUGAACAGCUGGGUAAAAGAAUAUCAACUGUACCACAGGAAAGGUUAUGGAAAAUGGCAUAAAAUAGCAGUGAAUGGAAAGCCAAUAAUCUUCGCUGGCAAUAGCGAUGCAGAAUCAAUCUCGAAGAAUGUCUUCCCAGAGCCAGUAGUGGCGAGAUACAUCGGAAUCAAUCCACUGAAAUGGAGCAAUACGCUUUGCUUGAGGCUUGAACUUUACGGAUGCCCUGUUAAUGAUGAAAAUACAAAUGGCUUUUCAUAACUGUGGUGCCCUAAGUACUAGAAUUGCAGGCGUCCCAUUUAGGAAUCAUAUUGGCAAUGGUUGAAUAUACAGUUAUGCUCGGAGGCCUUUAAGUGCAUAUUAGGGCGGUCAAGUCGACGAGUUAAAAAAUUGAGCAAUCGUACGCAAUCGGACCUAAAGCAAACUUUUACACAGGUACCUUAUUCUUGAAUGAGUUGAAUUGAAGAAACUAUCCGUUGAAACAAAUACUCAACGAGCUAGUUUGUUUCAACGGACAUGGCACUUUCAACAAAUCAAUAAUGCUGGAGAGAUGCAUUGCAUGGAACAAUGCCAUUUUCUGGUUUAUCAUUCUUGAUCCAUUUUCUCGCAUUUACGGGACUUCUAGACUGGCAUUACAAUGAUGCUAGAUAAGUGCCUGUUUCAUCCUGCACUCGAGUCUUUUUCUCAUUUGAUGUUCCCUUUCGAGUCCAAACUAUCAAUCUAUCAGAAGCUGUUGCCCCCCCCCCCGAUUUUUGAUCCGAAGUGCUUCAUGUACGAUGAACAUCAACUAGUACCAUAGCAUAUACAUAAUUGAAUAUAGUUAAAAGUUUAAAGUGAAUCCCAGGCAUUCAAUUGUAUAAAGUAUUAUUUUUCAUCAAUCGAAUUGAUAGACACAUUUCAGUGCCGUCGGAACGAAAUUCAUAUUGGGGGGGGGGGGGGGGCUGCCCAUUGUUUUGCUUUUCGUUCUUUACACUGAUGUUAUUAAGAGAAAAAAAUACAGUUUUACAAUUUUGGGGGGCCCUACAGCUUCCGCUUCCGACGGCCCUGCAUUUAAAUCAUACACGAUAGAGGAAUUAUGUGUUGAAAAAUGAUUGCUCUUCGGCCUAGUCGUUUUUCUUAAAAAUUCCACAUAUUGCACCCAGAAUUCAAGGUGAGCUUAGCAAAGAAUAAACUUGCUGAAAUGGGUUUUAAGUUAGAUUUGUAAAAAAGAUCGUAAAGGCCGAGAUAUGAAUUAUUUUGAUCUCUUGUUUAUUCAAAGAAUGGAUAGAUAAUCAGGUUCUUUUCUAGAAAAAAAAUAAUAAUAUAGAUGUAGUACAUUAGCGUUAUUUCAGCUAAUUCUAGUGCAUAUCUAUGCUAAGAAAAAUGGAACUGUAGUUAAACAAUUUACAAUGUCGUUCAUUUUUCUAUUUUUAUUUUGAAUUGUGAAUUUCUAGCUACUAGAUAUGUUUGUGCAAUGUUAUGCAUAGAAAUAAAAUGUUAUGCAGAAGCUCUUUAACUUGAGAAAAUAGUGGAAAUUGAGGGAACCAUAUGUCUUCUGUGGCAAGGAGGAGUGCCGUUCAACUGCAGUAGAUCUCCAAUUUUUGUUUACUCCUUCUUUUACAAAAACCUUUCGAUAUUUCAUUGUCCGUGGCAAUUAUUGGAUUAAACUUUGAGCUCUGCAUAACUUUGAGCUCUGAAUCACAAAUGACCUUUAAGUCUUCUAAGAAGAAUUAGGCACGAUGGUUUUAUAACUCGAAUUUAGCAAUCUAAGACAUUGCCUGCAAAGGAGAAACUUUUACCCGUGAUUUUUAAACAAAAUUCUAUUGUAAAUUGUAAUAGGCUGCUACUAAGGGCAUUUGAAUUGGUGGGGGGUUCGGGGGGCUUGACCAGCCCUCCCCUCUAACGAUUCCCAAAGAGUUUUGAAUGCAAUAAAAUCUCUUCUUUUCUCUCCCGCUCUAUCUGCAUGGACAUAUAAUCAGGAUACUUAUUCGUCGAUUUGCUGCAGUAUGUCUUUAUUACGUCGUAGCUUAAGAGAAAGUAGAUAUUAUUAAAAAAACGUGUAAGAAAUGUAAAUUGCUAACUCAUAGACUUUCUGCUUGGUUUCGAAGUUAAAAAAAAUUCUGUGAUGUAUUGCAUAUAUUUAUUACAGAGGAUUAUUUUAUGAACAAUUAUCGCUAUGCCGUUGUUUUGUUUGCAUUGGAACUGAAACACGCUUUUUAUUGUCCAUUUCCUUGCAUCCUCGAUACUAAAUUGGUUGAGAUAACUACGUUGAUAAAUAUCAAAGGAAUGAGAGUUUUUGUUUUAAGCUGUUGGAAUCCAAUUUCAA